UCGACAUGCCCCGCCUGCUGGCCCCCCGGCCUCCCCCGAGCGAGGACCUCUUCUACGAGACCUACUACAGCCUCAGCCAGCAGUACCCGCUGCUCCUCCUGCUGCUCGCCAUCCUGCUCGCCGCGCUGGCCGCCCUGCUCGCCAUCACCUGGGCCAGCGGACCGACCCUGGGCUCGGACCCGGCCUUCGUGUCCACGGUGCUGGUGGCCGUGGGCGGGUUCUCGCUGCUGCUGGUGCUGGCUUCGCGGGAGCAGAGGCUGCAGAGCUGCACUCGCCCGGUGUCGGGCCUAGUGUGGGCCGCCCUGCUCGCCCUGGGCCACGGCUUCCUCUUCACCGGGGGCACCGUCAGCGCCUGGGACCAGGUGUCCUUCUUCCUCUUCAUCAUCUUCACCGUGUACACCAUGCUGCCGCUGGGCAUGAGGGACGCGGCGGUCGCCGGCCUGGCCUCGUCCCUGUCGCACCUCCUGGUCCUUGGGCUGUACCUCGGUCCUCAGCACGGACCCCCGGAGCCCAAGCUCAAACAGCUGGCGGCCAACGCGGUGCUGUUCUUGUGCGGGAACGCGGCCGGGGCCUAUCACAAGGCGCUGAUGGAGCGCGCCCUGAGGGCCACCUUCCGAGAAGCGCUGCGCUCCCUGCACUCCCGGCGACGCCUGGACUCAGAGAAGCGCCACCAGGAGCACCUGCUGCUGUCCAUCCUGCCCGCCUACCUGGCCCGGGAGAUGAAAGCGGAGAUCAUGGCGCGGCUGCAGGCCGGACAGGGCCCGCGGCCCGAAGGCACCAACAACUUCCACAGUCUCUACGUCAAGAGGCACCAGGGCGUCAGCGUGCUGUAUGCGGACAUCGUGGGCUUCACAAGGCUGGCCAGCGAGUGCUCGCCCAAGGAGCUGGUGUUGAUGCUCAAUGAGCUCUUUGGCAAGUUCGACCAGAUCGCCAAGGAGCACGAGUGCAUGCGAAUCAAGAUCCUGGGCGACUGUUACUACUGCGUGUCCGGGCUGCCGCUCUCGCUGCCGGACCACGCGCUCAACUGCGUGCGGAUGGGGCUGGACAUGUGCCGGGCCAUCCGGAAGCUGCGGGCGGCCACCGGGGUGGAGAUCAGCAUGCGCGUGGGGGUCCACUCGGGCAGCGUGCUCUGCGGGGUCAUCGGCCUGCAGAAGUGGCAGUACGACGUCUGGUCCCACGACGUCACCCUGGCUAAUCACAUGGAGGCCGGGGGGGUGCCCGGGCGGGUACACAUCACAGGGGCGACCCUGGCCCUGCUGGGCGGGGCCUACGCGGUGGAGGAUGCGGCCCCCGGACAACGUGACGCCUACCUGAGAGAGCUGGGGGAGACCACCUACCUGGUCAUUGACCCCCGGGCGGAGGAGGAAGAAGAGGAGGGGGCAGGGACCCCGGGGGGGCCGCUGUCUUCGGCCGAGGGCACCACGAUGCGUCCAUCGCUGCUGAUGACCCGCUACCUGGAGUCCUGGGGCGCCGCCAAGCCCUUUGCCAACCUCAGCCACCUGCACAGCCCCGGACCUGCGGCGCCCCCGGGGGGACGUGACUCCCUCCAGGAGAUUGUCCUAGGUUCGUUGAACCCCCAGAGGAGCUUGGACCGGGCCCGCACCCCCCGAGGCCUGGAGGAUGAGUUGGACACCGAGUUCUUUCAGGUCAUCGAACAACUCAACUCCCAGAAACAGUGGAAGAGAUCCAAGGACUUCAACCCAGUGACCCUCUACUUCAGGAAGAAGGAGAUGGAGAAGGAGUACCGGCUCUCGGCUCUGCCGGCUUUCAAAUACUACGCGGCCUGCACUUUCCUGGUUUUCCUGUCCAACUUCACCAUCCAGAUGCUGGUGGCCAACCGGCCCCCAGCUCUGGUCAUCGCCUAUGGCAUCGCCUUCCUCCUCUUCCUCCUCCUCCUUUUCACCUGCUUUGCAGAGCAUCUGACGAGGUGCGUCCUGAAGGGUCCCAAGCUGCUCCACUGGCUGCCCGAGCUGUCGGGGGCAGUGGCCAAUCGUCCGGGGCUCCGGGUGGCCUUAGGGAUCGCCACCAUCGUCAUCGUUCUCACCAUGGCCGUCGCCAACCUGCUCUUCCUACCAGUGACCGACUGCCCUUUCUCGACCCCUAACGCCUCCUUCGUGGCUACCAACGCGUCUUGGGAGCACCCUGACUUCCUUCCCCUCAUCAGCUUCCCGUAUUGCAUGCACUGUUCCGUUCUGGGCUUCCUCUCCUGCUCCCUCUUCCUGCACAUGAGCUUCGAGCUGAAGCUGCUGCUGCUGCUGUUAUGGCUGCUGGUCUCCUGCAGCCUCUUCCUGCAGAGCCACGCCUGGCUGUCCGACUGCCUCGUCGGCCUCCUCUACCCGCCCCCCUCGGCCCGAAGACCGGGGGUGCUGAAGGAGCCCAAGCUGAUGGGCGCUUUUUCCUUCUUCGUCUUCUUCUUCACCCUCCUGGCGCUGGCUCGACAGAACGAGUAUUACUGCCGCCUGGACUUCCUAUGGAAGAAGAAACUGAGGCAGGAGCGUGAGGAGACGGAGACCAUGGAGAACCUGACCCGGCUCCUGUUGGAGAACGUCUUACCCGCCCACGUGGCCCCACAGUUCAUCGGCCAGAAUCGCCGCAAUGAGGACCUGUACCACCAGUCUUACGAGUGUGUCUGCGUCCUCUUCGCCUCCAUUCCCGACUUCAAGGAGUUUUAUUCCGAGUCCAACGUCAAUCGGGAAGGGCUGGAGUGUCUACGGCUGCUCAACGAGAUCAUCGCUGACUUUGACGAGCUGCUGUCCAAACCCAAGUUCAGUGGUGUGGAGAAGAUCAAAACCAUAGGCAGCACGUACAUGGCUGCCACGGGGUUAAAUGCCACGUCAGGGCAGGAUGCCCAGCAGGACACAGAGCGAAGCUGUAGCCACCUGGGCACCAUGGUGGAGUUCGCCGUGGCCUUGGGGGCCAAGCUGGACGUGAUCAACAAGCACUCGUUCAACAGUUUCCGCCUGCGUGUUGGGCUGAACCACGGGCCAGUGGUGGCGGGGGUGAUUGGGGCCCAGAAGCCGCAGUACGACAUCUGGGGCAACACGGUGAACGUGGCCAGCCGCAUGGAGAGCACGGGCGUCAUGGGCAAGAUCCAGGUGACCGAGGAGACGGCCCAGGCCCUGCAGAGCCUGGGUUAUACCUGCUACAGCCGGGGGGUCAUCACCGUCAAGGGCAAAGGGCAACUCCGGACCUACUUCCUGUCCACUGAGCUGGCUCGGGCUGGACCCCCGGGACCCACGCUCAGCUGACCCCUCCUUCCUUCCCUUCCCCCAACCAAGGUGACAAUAAAAGCGAUGCCGGUUUCACAGGG